AUGGAGAAACAUUGCCACCUUGCCAUGUCCCGCAGUUCCACUACCAGACUUUCGGGCAUAUCUGAGCAUAUAAAGAGCCCAGUCCGUGGUCAAUUUUGUGAUUCCAAGCAACUUCCUACUACAAUGUCUACUCAGGCCGCCGACCACUUACCGUGGAAUCCGAAUUCUACAAGUUUUCCCACGCGGAAGAAUCUUCCAAAGUUACCCGAUGCUCCUGAUGGCGCUGCUUGGGUUUGGGGGAAAGAUGAUGAAUUGGGUAGAUUGAACCUCUUGACGCCGCAGAGAGUCAAGGCCUCUGCCGCUGAGAUCGAAACCGGAGAGAUGAUUCGACUUGACCUUCCUCUCACGGUGCCUGAAACACCAGCUUUCGACCGUGAGGUGUUUCAGCACAACAUUAAACCGCUUAUUGAAGGCAUUGCGUAUGACGACACAUACACAAUGAACACGCAGAGUGGAACACAGUGGGAUGGAUUUCGGCAUGUUGGCCACAUUGGCAGCAAAUGCUUUUACAAUGGAGCCAAAAGCACCGACUUCGUAGGUGAUGCCCCCAAUCACCGCUGCAGCAUUCAUUACUGGGCAGUCCACGGAAUUGCCGGUCGUGGAAUCCUUCUGGACUAUUAUCACUACGCCCAAACCAACAACAAGGCCUAUGAUCCUUAUACGACUCAUAGCAUUGGUCUUUCCGAGUUGCAAGCCUGUGCAACCUCACAAGGUAUCGACCUCCGCCCUCAAGCCGAGGGCGGCGACAUUCGUAUCGGAGACAUUCUCCUCGUGCGCUCUGGCUUCGUAGAUCGGUACGGCGAGCUCAGUCCCGAACAACGACAUGCAGCAGCAACGCGGUCCCACGAUGACUUAUGCUUUGCUGGACUGGCACGCGAACCUGCUAUCCGUGACUGGUUGCAUGAUUGCUAUUUUGCGGCUGUUGCAGGUGACUCUCCGACUUUUGAGGCAUGGCCUGUUCCUGAGAUGGAUCAUCUGCAUCAGGAUUUGCUGGCACUCUGGGGUUGCCCGAUUGGCGAGAUGUGGGAUUUGGAGAAAUUGGCGGAUAAGUGCCGUUCCAGGGGAAAGUGGACUUUCUUUUUGACUAGUGCUCCGGCUAACAUGCCUGGUGGGGUUGGGUCGCAUGCCAAUGCAACUGUCAUCCUGUAA